AUGUCAACACGAUCGGGUAAACGCCUCCGCUCUCCUGCGGCUCCUCCUACUGAAGCACAUAAUAAUCACAAAAGUAGUACUAAGAAACAUACCAAUUCCAGCAAUCAAGUUUCAAAGCGGGCUAGAGGAAAUCAACAAAACAACACACUCAAUCAGCCAGAUGACGAUUUCAAUCGUGAUGCACCAGACUCACGCAAUCCUGCCUUGAAUGAUACCGAAAAUCAGCCAGAGUUCACUUCCAAUUUCUCUGCCUUGAACUUUGACAAUGUCGAGGAACAACUUGAAAAGUGGACGCUUGUAGAGCUUAGGAACGCCCUUUCCAAUCAGAAAAAGCAAACUUCUAGACACAAAAAUCAAGCUCCACGUGAAGUCAAGACGUUUGUCGAGUUAAUUCGCCGGGACUACGAGAAACGCAUGUUGAUGGCUGCACUUAUUGGUGGAAUCAGCAAGACUAUGAUAUGGUCGCUCGUUGAUGCAGGUCUGAAGAAAAAAAAAAAAAAGAACUGUUAUGCUCGAUUUUUGUCAUUUUGCAAGGAGGCUCUUGAGGUUGAAGUUCCUUCUCGAACGGAUCAAGCUGGAUGGGGCCGUCGCAACAAGAUCCUGAGCGAUAUGUGGUAUGCGAAGACCAAGCUUCCCGACUUAUCCUUGUCAAAUGAAGAUUUUAUUGUUGAAAUGGAAGAUGACGAUGGAGAGAUUAUUGAAAACAAAAAUCCAGCAGCCCAAGUAACAGCCCCCAAGAUUCACCAGUUAUCCGAAAGCGAUGAGUUAAAGUAUCGACCAAUCUUUGAAGAACUGGUAGAUAUUGAUAAAGUUCAUGCGAAUCACGGGAAGCCAGAAUCAACCGACUCGAUGCAAACGAUGCAGCUCAAGUCUUUAGCAGCAUUUCGAUCCGCACAUCAUGAUUUUGCCACAGUUUGCCAGCGUUUCCACAUUCACUAUCACCUGACUGCACUCAGCUGCGAUGUUGAAGAUGGCUGGAUGCAAGUUUUUUCAACCAACAAGACAUUCUCGACGUGGGCUGAUGAAAAUUUGAAACUGUCAACAAAGUUCAAGUAUUAUGUACAUGGCAAGGUAGUGGCUCAGGAAAUCGAGAAGAAGGCACCUCAACCUGUCGACGCGCGCAGGGGUGAACUCACUAGAGAGCUCAACAAAAUGCUAAUUAACCAUUGUUGUGUCAAAUUUACAACACAAGGCAUACACAUGCCCGGUAAGAUCUUCCCAAAAACAGGGAAUCCUUUCAAAGUGAUUGCGGACAAAGGGUGGCCAAUCCGACUCAAUCUUAAACGUCCAGAAAGUUUACUCUUACCGGAAGAGUUGGCCUUGGGUUUUCAUGAUUGCUACGAUGCACUAAAGAGGAACUGGCUCAGCGACAUUCAAACGGACACUUCACUAUUGAGAAGAUUCCGGCUUCCGAAAUGA